AUGGCGAUGAGGGACCUCAUCACCGGAGGGGCGGCUUGCGCCGUCCCUGGGAGCUCGUCGUCUUCGAAUCCUAUGGGCGCCCUUGCGAACAAAUUGCUCGGAUCGUCCUCUAAGGCCCAGGUAUGGGAUGUUGAUUCUGAAGGAGGGGCGGUGCUUGCGAAUUGUUGGUUGUUAUUAGGGCUGGAUUUAUUAUAUAUAUUUAUCUCUUUAACGAGGCUGAACUCUCGUCUUCGUGGGAGUCGGGUCGUCGUUGGGUCCGAUUAACUGAGUUUGUCGAAGAGUUUUCUCCGGUGUACUCAAUUUUCUCGCUUUUUGGUUGUACUUAUCUCUAUGCCGUUUUACCAGUAAUCUCUGUUGAGUGUUUGCCGUUAUGUCUUGUCUCGACUCUUUUCUCGCAAAGAGAAUACUAAAUUAUACUUUGCUGACCAGUCGGCGUGGUUGUCAUUAGCUCUUUAGAGAUAAAAUAGAGGUUUCUUUUCAGAAAUUGAUCUCCUCCAAUCAAAUCAUGAUGUCCCAACGUCUUCAUCGAAACGUAUUUGAUUUUUUGCUCUUUCGUAAGGCAUAAUGGACGUGUUACUUAUCUCUAAGGCCGUUAGAUUUUAAGAUCAUUUCUCUGGGCACUUCACUGUUAAGUAUACGCAGAUUUUGUCCGGAAAAUUUGUGUCACGUGAGGGAGAUAAGGCAUUUGUUCACAAAAAAGUAUAAUGGCAAACUCAUCGUAAUUACAAAACCAAUACUGCUAACGCCUGGAACCCCACGAACAAGGAAAUUUUUCUUUCUAGUUUUCCUCUGGUCUAGUUGUAUUCCAUGUUCUAAAUUAUUAAGUUCUCUGAUUCCAGUUUUCUGGUGUUGAUUCAAUCACUUUUCCAAUGUUACCUCAAUUAUUAUACAGUCUAAGGUGUUCUAUACAUUGUCCCCUGAAUUUCGCCGAGGCAGCACUUCUUCACGUGAUAAACAUUCUUGUGUGUCUGAAUAGGAGUUGACGGGGCUUCCUGGAACUUCUGUUACGGUUCCUAGCUCAUCACAAGGUUUCAGUCCUGAGGGUCCAUUAUCUAUGAUCCCAGGUUCAGAGUUUGAGAAUCAACAAUAUCGGCAGCCAGGUAGCCAGGUAAACAUUACUAGGUGCUUCUUUGCUGGAACUCACAUGUAUGUAUGAGACUAAUCUUUCCUUGACAGAGUUCGCAAUUUCUUAGUGGUUUCCAUUCUGCUGAGCAUGGAGGCCUUGAAGAAGCUUGGAAUGAAGUACGUCAACCUCCAUUUCUUCCCCCGCCUAUCCAGGGGAGAGAAAGUCAAGCUCAUUUCCAAGAGUUUGAGCAAAUUUAUGACCGUGGGGCAAACUCAAACUUUCAACCUGCUUGGGACGGUAAGGAAAAUAAAAUUACUUUAUGUUUAUUUAAACGUUUAUACCUUCCUUCCCACUGUAAUUCUCUUCUUUCCUAUCAUUUUUAACUGAUAUUUUGAACUGUGGUAUGCACACAUACCGGGAAACCUUGUCAUGUGAUUUCUUGAAGUAUUACAACCUAAGAUAAACUACAGGCAGUUGCAUACUAUAGUCAAGAUCACCAUUUAUAUUUACUUCCUGUUUAUUUUCUUGCAGGGCCUCCACAAAGAGUAUUGUCAAGUUUUCUUCACUCUUUUGUUGAGAGUGGUCGGGCUGGUGUUCCAUUUCGUCCUGCUGCACUCCCUGUCUUAGGAUUGUCCAAGGGAGACAAACAGUGCAUACGUGAUCGUAGUUACAUAAUGGCAAGGCACAUGUUUGCAGACAAAAGUGAAGAAUAUAUCCAUUCACAGGUUCGUCAUUGUCUUUUACUCUUGUACAUAAAGACAGAUGGCUCACACUGGGGUUGUAAAUGAGUCAAGGGCCCUGGUCUUUGCUGUGCUACAGCCCACUUAGGUCACGUUUUUUAAUAGUCAAGCUAAUAUCAUGCCUCAUUUUGGACUCUUUGGAUAUUAAAUCACGGAAUUUUGCUCUGUUUUGUGUAUGGCCUUUUAGUAAUUGAGCUGAAUUUCAGCAAAGCUCUAGAAGUUUAUCUAUACAUUGAGUUAUGCUCACGUAAUAUUUUUGAGCUUUCUUGAGUAAUUAAAUGUGUCCAAAGCAUACAUUUUCACCUAAUUUUUACAUAUUAGUCAAAAUAGCUCUGAAUGAUUAGACAAAACAUAAAAUAGCUCCGAAUGAGCUGCCAGGUUAACACGAAUGAAGCACUAAUCAAUCAUAAAUACAGUGUUCUGUUAAGCUGAAACUCUCCUCAUUUAUACUUGGUGUGUUUGUCAAAUGAUCAUAAUAAUUUUCUUCACUUUAUUUGUUUAACUGAGGAAGUGAGUAGAACCAAAUUCUUGGUUAAUUCAAUCAUGUAUUGUUCAAUGAUCGCACUGAUGCACUUACAACCUUGCAGCCGUUAUUGAUAUAAGCUAGCAGUUAUUUUAGAAAAUUGUUCUCUAUAAUGCUUAUGGGAGGUUCAGUUUUGUCUGGCAUGUAGACCACUUUUAUCUUGUUUUAUUCCGCAGAACCAGUUUUUUCUUUGAUCAAUGAUGGCCCAAAAAUGCUGACGCAGUUGUAGGUAACUCUAAUCAAAUGUUAACUAGUGAUACUAGAGACAGGAGAUAAUUCUCCCCACUAAAUCCUUAUAUUCAUUUUUCGAAUAAAGAAGAAGAAUGCAAGGCAUCAUAAAAUUAUGUCCUGAGGGUAAUAACUAUAGUUUUGGUUUUAUGAUUUCGUUGCUAUUGCUGCACUAUUCUGAUAGCAUUUCUUAGAGGAACAUAUAUCGUUGCAAAUUCCAUUCGUAGCAGAUUAACCAUACUCCCUAGCCAGAAGUUAACUACAUUGGCCGUUAGCUGGUCCCACUAAGCAUUUCGGUUAGAGGAUCUGUAAGUUAAUCUCUAUGAUUCUAGUGAAAACGAUCAAUUUUGCAAAAUUGAAAUAUUCAAAAACCAUUGUCACGGAAUUAACUCUCCAUAUACUGUAGUACUGGAGCAUGAUAUGGGUCUCUUGCACCAUCACUCUGUUGGGAUCCAUAAUUGUAAGCCAUGAAACCUAUAUUCUUGUCUUGUGUAUUUUAGAUACAGGUCGAUAUAUAUCCUCUCUCAAUUGUACCGUCAUAUUUGUCUUCUUCAUGUCGAAAAUAAUUGCAUCUGAGAACUAAUGUUCCACUCGAUCCAGAGUUGUCUUCUUCAUGUCGAAAACAAUUGCAUCCGAGAACUAAUGUUCCACUCGAUCCAGAGCCAAAAUACAGAUAGGAAAUGAAUAGGCAUAUUGGACAGAACUACCUAAUUCUGUACUGGACUAGUUUUUUGCGAUUAUGCCUAGUUGGAAUAUUUCAUUGUUCAUAAUAUGAAUGCCAUAGAAACUGAUGUAAAUCAUGGGGUUUCCAAAGAUAUUUUCAUCACCUGUCAAAGGAAGUGCUUUACAUCUUACCCCAAAUUUCUUCAUCUUCAAGGUUCCUUCUAAGCCUCGUUCUCUAGUAUAGUCAAAAGCCUCAACCGUAGGAUCUGAAAAAAAAAUUGUGAGAGAAAAUAGUAUAUCCUUUAGUCAUUUAUUUUCAGAACUUAGUUAGUACCAUACUAUGAUCCAAAUAGUGUCCUUGGCCAAUACUAAGACGGUUCUCGCUAUAUGCCAAUAUUACAUUUCAAUCUUGCAAAUGACUGUCUACAUGUUGGAGACGUUAAUGGGAAUGGAAAGUUAGAGAUACCAUUCAUUCGUUCUUCUUUUAAUAGUAGGCUUCUGUUGACUCAUUGAUUCUCUCUUUCGUAUGGAUGCCCUUGAGUAAUUUUUCUAGAUAAUUAAUGAUAUAAUCAGUCUAGUGAUUAGUUUAUAAGUUUUCCACAUAUAUAAUAGAAAUAAGGUGGUAAAUAUAUUUCAUCAUUUUUUCCAGGUAAAUGCACUGCUACACUCUCUUGAUAUUGAUGGUGAUGAACGAGUCAGGGGCCCUCUCCAUGGAACAAUGCCAGAGUUUGAAGAAUACUGGACUGAGUCACAGGCUUCUCGACCAGGGAUGACCCCUGGGGCAGAUUCAUGGAUUUCUGAAUUUAGUCAGCAUAGACAGGAGAAUGGUGAUCCUGAAGCAUGGGCUAAUUCAUUUGAGAAAAUUCAUGGUGCAAAUGGCUGGGCAUCUGAAUUUGAGCAGGUAAGAAUUCCGUGACAUGAAAACUUGACUAACCAGCUGCUAUGUAUCUAAGAGACAGUACAGUUUUAUCUUCUAUUUGUUGAACAGAGUAACCAUCCAUAAUUGAGGGCAUUUUUUUUCUUAAGAAAUGUGUUUCAAGUAUACUUUUAUCAGCUUUCCUCUUUCAAAUGAUUUGAUUUACAGGAUUUACAGCUAUCUAUUUGUUGGAUAAUAAACCUAUUUGAUAUAGGACGAUCUCUUUUGCGGAUGACCAGUGUAAAAUCACCAUAGAAGGGAUGGUUUAUAUCAACCUAGAAUAACCGUUUAUAUGCCUACAGGAGCAACUUCAAAUGACAUCAGUGGGGCAAAUGGACAGAGCACAAAUGUUAAAUAUUGAAGCAAUGGAGCAGACUCGUAUGUUGGCCCAUACUUUAGCCCAAAACAGUGAUCCAAAAAUUCAGGUUUGCUGAUCUCAACAGUCGCGUGUCAUUUGCAUAAAAAAUUUAAAUCUAAAAUUACUUGAUGUCACCUUCAGAAAAACAGCGUAUUAUAUUGCGAUAAAAUGGAAAAACGUAAGAAUUGGUUUAUUUCGUGUUUCGUUCAUGAACAUGGAUUCUGAGCAUUGUCGCCAUGCACUGGUUGCUGUAUUUUAUUAUGUUCUCCUGUAUGAGAUUCAAUGCUGAACACAAUUUUUCAGAAUGUACUAAUUUCCUGUAAGACGGGAGGACUACAUUAGAUGUUAUUAUGUUACUUUUUGUGUUAUCAGAUUUGACGUUUUCGCUGUUUAUUCUUUGCCAUUUUUCUGCUAAGUAUUCUGUUUUAAAGUUGAGAGUGCUCUUGGUGAAAAUGUGUAAACCUCAACUUUGCUGUAUCAUCUACCUCUCAGGACAGAUUUAUCUUAAAGUGAAAUGGAAUGUACAUACAUAUUUUCCACUAGUAAGUUCAUUCUUUCUAAUUUAUAAGAAGAAUAUUUUGAUUUUACAAGCUUGAAGGAACGUGGUGAUGAUGCGAAUGUGAUACUGUGGUAAUAAAAUAUGUGUUACCUAUUGUUUGGUAAUGUUUGUUUUUUAGAAAUAUUUAGUAGUUCAGCUCAUCAUUCUCUGCCGGACAUUUCAUUAUUGUUGCUGUACAAAUAUGCUUGUACCCCCCUGUUCUUCAUGUUACCUUUGUGAUACACUUCUAUGUCUCAUAGACGUGCUUUUAUUCUACCAUGACUUUAUUCUUUUGACCUGAUAGCUUAAGAAUAUCACUCUCUAAAAAGGCAUUCCCUUUGUUUGUUUGAAAAUUCUUCUGCCAUUUUACCUCAAUUAAGUAUGGUGAUGUAUGCUUGAAUUAACUUCCGGUCUAUCAGCACUUGAUUAUAUGAAAUUUCCUUCGUGUGAUAUAUGAUUCCGCUCUUCUUUAGAACAUAUUGACCAAUUUAUAUAGACAAACAACUUCCUUGUUAUAUAUUUUACUGGGUUUGUCUCAUCAGUCCAGUUCCUCAAUUUUUGGACAGCCGUCUUGGUGCCAUUCUUUCGAAAAGUUUAUCAAUCAUGUAGCCACUGUUGGUGAUAUCUCAAGUCAGAGACUUAUCUAAUUUUUGCUCUCUCGAUCGUAGUAACCGUGGUAUGCGAAAAAUGAUUAAUUCUGAUCUCAAACAUCCAUAACCUGUCCAACGGUAUAGUGGAUACCUAAUCCCCUCAUCAAAUUGUGAAAGGAGAGAAAGUAAACCAACUAGGAAAUUGAUUGUAGCAACUGGUUCGGGCGAUUGCCCAAAGAUUGGACCUUGAAGCCCCUGUCAGUCUGGAAAGUGUGCAUGCCGCCAGAGGAUAGAGGAAUUUGUAAUAAUCAUGCAAAACCAGAUUCUUAAGUGUUUUGGUUGAAUUGGUUAGCAGUUUCUAAACUGAGAGGACAUGCUACCAAUUACAAAAGUUGAUAUAAAUCACGUUGGAGGAAAACAGGGCAUGAAUACCUUCCAUUACUUUGUUUUCUAAAUGAACGUGCUUGCAAAGGUUAGUUAUCGGUAUGGGAUGCAUUUGAAAAUUAGUUAUCCAUAUGCAUAAAAUCAGAAAUCUCAAAGAUUUGAAAUUGGUACUAGUGAUAAUAAGGCAUUGAGAACCUCGGGAAGUAUACACAAAAUAUUCUCACCUUGAUUAGUUUGACAUUGUGUUGGUUGUCUUUCUCUCUUGGAAGGCUCUGUUGGAAGCCAUCCUCAGUAAAAGACUGAAGUUGGCAUACUGUGACUGAAUUAUGCAUUCCUAAGAAACAUUCUAAUUCAUGAAUGAUCUAAAAGCAACACAGAAUACUGAGAAGUAUCACGCCAAAUGGAUAAUUGAAAUUAGGCUGAAGUUUACAUCAUAUAGAAUGCAGACCUCAUCUUUCAGCUUAAGAAUCUAGUGCAAACAACUUUAAAAGCCAUUCUUAUUGGUAUCUAUUUCAUCGAUUAAUUUAAACAGGAAAAAAGACUCUGAAUGUGUCUUUUUCAUAAUUUCACGUAAAAUUAUGCUUACUUUUUUUGUAUAGGAUAAGAUUUUCGUCGCAAAUAGGAAUAUAUAUGUUUUUUAUGACUGAUUAUUAUGCCGAAAAUACUUUAAAAAGUCAUUUUUUAUCAGAAUCUCAAUGUUAAAUAAGUCCUCUAUUUGUGGUCAUGCCUUGCUUAGUAAGACAACACCCUGUCUAUCAUACUUUAUUCGUCCUAACCACUGUUGUUAGUCUGGGAUAUCAGAUCAUAUCUUUGAUGUUCUGAUCCUGUCUCUAUUCUGCUUUGCAAUGCCUUAUUAACUUAAGGGCAGGACAAUAGUGAACCACUGAUCCAUGUUGAUCCUGUCCAGCAUCUGGAUCGUUACGAGGGCCUUUUACCUAUAUCUUAUGUAACGACAUGAUCAUACUUCUUUUAUUGUUUUGCAGAACUCGAAGUUCCUUCAGUUUGUCUCAAAGAUGAGCCGUGGCGAGCUUAUUGUUGACGACAAUCAAAUCAAGCCAGCAAUAGGUUCCUCAGGUGAUUGGGCUGAGGAGUAUCAAACACAGUAUAAUGCAGGUCCUGACGCUUGGGCUAAUGAAUUUGCACGUGAAGAGGUUAGCAGUUUGUUAUUUUCAUGGUUGGGUGAAUAUUCUUUUAAUUAAGAUGGAUUUAGUAUUUGAUCUUUGAUUCUAUUUCAUCAUUACUCUAGGGGGGCAUCACAACAUAGGAGUUGGUUAUUUUAUGUUUCACUUUCUUUCAACUUGAUUGUGUAGUUGCUUCAGGAAAUAUUAUCAUAUUUAUCGUUUUAUGUCUCUACAGAUUAGAAAACUCUUAAAUCUUCAGAAUUUUGCUUCUCAAUUGCUUAAUUUUCCUUCUAGUUGUAUGUCCUUCCACUCUCAAGUUUAUGAUUAUUUUUCAGGUUUCACGUGGAGCAGAGACAUGGGUGAAUGAAUAUGCUAACGAGCAUCAAGAAACCGCGGACCAGUGGGUGAAGGACUUCUCAAGGUUAGAAGUUGACGACUGGGCAGAUGAAUUUGGGAAGCAGCUUGGUGAAGGAGUUAUGGGGGACAGAUCCACUGAGAACUGGGCUGAUUCAUAUGAUAGGUGAUGCAGUCAUUGGGUUUUGAGUGCAUGCUUUCUUUGAAUUUCAUUUAGAAUUUUUUACUUAUUAGGAAGGCAAUGGCACUGUUAUAUUUUUAACAGUCAGCCUUGACUUUAUGAUACCACAUGUAGAAUUUUAUGUGGGUGAAGACAGCCUUGACUUUAUGACACUACAUGUAGAAUUUUAUGUUUUUGCAUCUACUAUUCAGGUGUCUUAUGAUAUACAAAAAAAAUAAAAACUGUGGCGUUAGAUAUAUGUGUGUAUCUACACUAUCGUAAUGUGUGGAAAAAAGAAAAAGAGGUAAAAAUAUCAGUCAUUGGAAAUAGCAAAACUUGAUUGAUUGACACCCAUUUUUUAAUCCAUAAAAUACAUCGAAUUUAAAUUGGUAUUUUGUUCGAUUAUCCGAGAUACUGAUGGAUGUGCAGCCGUUGGAUCACACUCUGUGACUCUAAUACUUUGCUGUGAUAUGACUAAUAUUUUUGAAAUGUGUCUCUGUGGUUAUGAAGCUAUUACGGCGAUCGUGAUGGGAAGAAAUUACCGUAUGCAUGUUUGGUCAUCUUCUUCUGGAAAACUUAAUUGAACCCAUGUUUGGUCACUGCAAACUAGAUCAACAUGGCGCUGGGGGGAUGCUAACCAGAUAAACUCGUAGUCGAGAAGGGAACAUGGUUUUUAAAAUUUCUUUGACAUUCGAUAAUUAAUCCGUGUUCUCUCUUCCUUCAGUGUUAUUUCUAAACUUUGUUCCUAUGACAGCAAUGGGUUAAGGGUGUUUCAAUAAGGUUUCCAUAGAAUUUUCCUUCAGCAUUUCAUUUUCCAUGAGACAGGCAGAUACAUGUCCAUAAUUAACGUAUCCUCUUUUUUUACACUAAAAGCUUACUCGCAAAUGUUUGUUAUCUAUGUUACAAUAUGAUCUAUCUUCACCUUGCAAUUUUGUAUUCUCUAUUGCGCCUCUAAUGUUUGUCUGCCUUGAAUAGUUUCCUCGGUGAACAACAGAAAUCUGAUUCUUCAAAGGGAAUAUAUGUUUUUUCGGAUCUAAACCCUUAUGUUGGCCAUGCUGAUCCAAUGAAAGAAGGACAUGAGCUAUUUCGUAAAGGUCUUUUAAGCGAAGCAGUUCUUGCCUUAGAGGCAGAAGUUCUAAAGAAUCCAGAGAAUGCUGAAGCAUGGCGGCUGCUUGGAAUAACGCAUGCUGAAAAUGAUGAUGACCAACAGGUAUGCUAAAGUCAAUGCGUCUUUUUGUGUGCAGUUUAUUCUCCUUUCUCCUUUUUGUGGGCUUCUUUUCUUUUUUUUCUUUUUUUUUUAGAAUGGUAUAUCAGUUGAAAAUUUCCUUUGGUAGUGUCAUUUGCAUUUAAUACUAUCGCGGAUCAUAAUACAAAUGUAUUUCUUACACAAAGCGAAUUUUUCUUUGAGGGAUAAGAUCGCAUGUCAAUAAUAAGAUUACUUAAAAGCUUCACGUUGAUUACAUUGCCUUCGAAGUAGUCAUUUCUGUUAGCAAGUUAUUUUGGUAGUUUUGUUAUCAGGGCUUCUGCAAAAAUCUUAUUGCGACCUGACUAGCUAGUGGGGAGAGUUUAUGGUGUCUAUUGAGUGAUGUUCUGCAUUCUUUCCAUAUCUGUGGCACAAAUGGUACAGUUAAUGUUCCACAUUCAACUUGCCACUGUUGGAAGGUGUUUUGUUUUCAUGUAUGUAAAAAAAAUUCAGCUUGGAUAAAUAUUUUUCUCAGUCAAAGAGCUGAUUUUCUCGAGGAGAGGAAUCCUACUAUGGCUUAUACUCAUAGAAAGGCCUUGGUACUGCGCAAAACGAACAGAAUUAAAGCAAAAUGAAACAGCGAGAGGGUACCCAGAGUAGGAAAUUAAAAGCCUCAUUCGAUUUUACUAACCUUUUCUUUGAAUAGGAGACUUAGGACCAACACUGUGGCUUUGAGCUACCCCGUAAGAGCAGCUUUUCUGAUGUCCAUUUUUCUAAAUCAGGAAGCCUUAGUGGCCUCUCAAGAAUAAGUGGAGCUUCCUAUUUGUAUGGUGUUUCUGGUUCUACCGAUCUAUACUGGGAGGCGACCAAACUUCCAGUUCUCUCACAGUGAUAAGAUGGCAGACCUCAUCUCAUGAGGAAAAAAAUCUCACUAAGCGCAUGCAGGUGUGCACAAAGUUUGAUCUUCUUAAUGAGAAAGAGAAAACUGGCUGUAUGUAGGCAUGGGUUCUCUUCCCAAACUGGAUUAGUUGGUUUCAUGGAAUUGUAGUGCUUUCAUACACGGGGGCUUAUUAACAAAAGACCUUUUCUAAUUUUCAUAAAAAUGUGUACAUUUAGAAGCAUAUAAAGGAGCAUUUAGUGCUAAGGAUUGAUUUUGAAAGGACCAGUGAUUUCAUCCUCUGUAAAUAUUAUUGAAUUAGAGGCCACGCGUCUGCUUUAUUUUCCACUAUGUUCAAAGAUGGUCUAUUGGAUUCUUUUAGUGGCAGAUGUAUGUAUCAAGACAGCCCUUUAUUCCUGUACCUUGUGCUAUUGACGUUGGGAGCGAGGGAAUGUGGGUGAAGAAGAAACAAAGGGAUGGGACCCAAUUGAGAUUAUGGACUGAUUCUGGAGAAAACUAACCCUUGAUACUAGGCAGAUAUUAUUCUCCUUUACGUGACCUAUUGUACUUUAGGUCUUUAGAAUUUUGUCUUAUUUAACAAAAAAACAGAAUUAAGGAUUGAUCACGUCGAGUACAGUAGAGGAGAUUAAGAGGUGCAGAUGGAUGUAUAGAGUCAGAGGGCAGUAAUGAUUGGAUAGAAUGUUACAACUUCUCGAAAACCUAUCUAUCCAGCCUGCAUAUUUUGAGACAUGCAUGUUUGAUGACGUCAUUGGGAGGUCAUCCCCAGAGGAUAUUAGGUAGUCACAAAGAGUGAUUUCUUUCCAAUGCUUGAAAAUCCCCUAAGUAUUUCUUUUGAAGAUGACAGAAUAGGUUUAUAUAAUUCAAUAUGCAGUCUUGUGGUAGAGAAAGGCUAAGCUCCAUAAGUAAUAAUGACUCUGGGGUGAAGGAUGAUUUUUGGUCUACCUUAUUGAUACGAUCCUCUAUGGUAGGAUCGAAUCUGAGCAAGAAGUAGAGAUAAAAUACUUUGUACUGAACUCACGAACUCUCGCCAGUGACGAGAGUCAAAACGACGGGAAGGACAACCUUCCCGGAUACAGAGACAAAAAGGGAGAAGAAGACUAAAGUAGGGAACAAUGUUCGAGAGGGUUCCCCACCUCUCCAGAAUUCCAACUUUUGCCGUCCUAAACCCCAUCUUCUCAUGCUGUAUUUAUAAUCCCGCUCACCUGCUGCACACGUGCUCCUUUCUUAGGUCUUUUGUAGGUCAGUAGUGGGAUCGUAUCACUUAUCUCUGAGUGGUCGAUCUUGGUUCGUCUUAUAUCAUUUAUUGCUGCUUGGUGGACUGGGUAGUCUCUUUGAAAAAAUUCUGGAAGUAAACCAUUGGAUGGGAGGAAAGGUUUUGGAUACUUCACUAUUAUUCUGCACACUUUGUCUCACAUUUGUAGGACUUAAAUUUAAAACAGGCUAAGUAAUAGAUAUCUCUAUGAGGAGCAUCCACUAUCUUUGGAGCUUGGAGACAGUAGACGUAUGACAUUUAGUGGGAUAUGUGGUGUAAGGUUGUUCCUCCCUGUGGGACUGAAUUUGAGAGGCAUCAAAUGGAGCUUGGAAUGUAUGAGUACAUUUUUUUUCUUUCACAGAUUGUGGAUCUGUUGCGAGGAUCACUGAAGAUGAAGUAUUUAUGCAAUCCAUUAGACAAACAGUAUCUUUGAUUGUUGAUUUACUUAUAAUUUUCUCAUAAUCUUAAAUGGCUAUGUUUGCUGAACGACCUUUUAUGUUUUUCAGGCCAUUUCAUCUAUGCUGCGCGCACAAGAAGCGGAUCCAAGAAAUCUAGAAGUUCUACUUGCUCUUGGUGUUAGCCACACAAAUGGUUAGUAAUUGACCUUGUAAUUGAUGUUUUCAGUACAUUUUAUAUUUCCGUAAUUAUCACGGGCCUUCAGCUAUUGGGCAUCAUUUUUUUGUACAAGGAUAAAACUUAAGUGAUGCAGUGUCUGGAUUAACGAUUCUUGGGUAUGUAAAAAAUCUUUUGGUCAUAAAUGUGUAUUAUUUUUGUCUUUUGGCGGAAAAGGUGAAUUGUUGUAGAGAAUGCUGGUAGGCUUAUCUUGAUAUGUUAUGGCCAUUUUGAAAUUGCCUAUGUCUACAGAGUGAACGUACAACAUUUAUUGCAAGAACAAACUGAAAGUAAAAGAAAGACAAUUUUUUUUGCUCCUCUGGUUAUACAGGGACUGGACACUUAGUUUGCCAAAUCAGUAAACUCUAAUGGGAAUUCGAGUCUUCAGUCGGGGUGUGGGAAAACCUAAUUCCUAUGAAAAGGGAAAAGUAGAGAUUCGACUGGAUAGCAGCCAAUCACAUUUGGAUUGGCCAAUUCUAGUUUAGACGGUGUUGUCCAUGCCAUUCUGUUUGGCUGUUGAAGAUUUUUAGGGGAAAAUAGGACAGCAUUUUGCAGCAGGAGGGAGAGGAGGAAUUAAAGGAAAAAAAGCAGGAGAGCACACCUUUGUGUGUAGAGACCUGGCGAUGGUGUGCACACCUGGCGAUCGGUUAUAGGGUUGAAAACUGUAGAUUCUUCUCUGUAUAUUUUCUUUUAGAUUCUGGAAAGGUAAACAGAUCCCUUUGAUAAUUUAAAAAAAAAUUAUUUCUCCUUUAUUGCGCAAAAAAACUGGAAUGAUCCUCGGUACAUUGUUCAAGGAAUAAUGAAUCAUCUUAACAAAAGCUUUUUCUGGUCUAUGUCAUGUUUCUGGGCGGAUUCCAUUGUUUCAAGUCCCAUUGGCAUGCAUCUUGUUGUCAAUUAUUGCUUAAUGUAUUACAUAUCUGGUUAUGAUGCCGGUGAUACACUUCCACACCAGUUGUCCAAUAACCGAUAAUGCUACUAAGCAUUAUAUUUUGGUUGAAGAUUGAAUCAAACCCUGAUUGUUAAAUUCACGUGACUAGAGCAUCCUUUGAGAUUGUUUCAUUGUGGGCUUACUUGAUAGUAGUAUGUCAAUUUUUGCUUACUUGGUUACUUCUUUAUAAAAUUUCAGAAUUAGAACAGGCAUCUGCAUUGAAGUAUCUUCAUGGAUGGCUUCAAAAUCAUCCCAAAUACGGGAGUCUUACCUCUCCAGAGCAGAUGGAGUCGCUAUAUUAUGCUGAUGUAAGUUCUACACAAGUUUUUUCUUUCUUGUCACUCUAAUUUCUUGUUUUUUUGUCUCGCAUAUUGAGAUAGCAGCAGUAUUUGUGUGGGUACAAUAAAAGGGGAAGGGAAUCAAAGCCUUCGUAUGGGGAUAUGAUAAAAAAAAUAAUGAUAGAAUUCUGAGCGAUAUUUUCAUUUUAUAGAUUAUUGCUUCAGUGAUAGAUAUCAUCACUGGAGAUAGGGAAAAACGAUGCAGCAUUUGUUUUCCAUACACAAGUCCUAUGGUGUUCACAACUCGUCGUCCACAUGGGAAUUAGCCAAAUCGAUCUACUUGUGACACAAAUGAAGCCAAGGGGUUAGGAUUGACUGUGAAUUCUGCCAAGAAUGAGCCUCUGCAUUCAUCGUUUUCAAGUACUUGAGCCUAAAAUAUCAAUUCUCCGUGACUGUCUUGAGACAAUCUGUGUUGAUAUAAGGUUGGGUUUUUUAGAAGACUCAUGAGAACAAAUUAUGGUAAUAACAUAAUCAAGUUUGAUAAUACUUUUGAAAUAAAUAUAUAAGCAGAAAAUAGUUGUCACGUGGUUCAGAAAUCUGUUAAGCGUCCUAUGGAUGAAGCACCCAGCUAGCCAGGAUUACAUCUUAUAGUAAUGUAUCAAGUAUUUAAGAAGAGUUAUGUUGUGAAAGGGCUUGUGAAAAAAUAACUUAUUAAAUUAGAAAAUGAGAAUAUUAAGAUGAACUGAUCAGGCUUUGAGGAGGCUAUAGAAAAUGGCGACACUGGAUCACUGUAAGUUCCCAGACCAUUUGUGAGUAAAAGAGAGGACAUUUCGCAUAUUUUUAAUUAGAGUUUGAAGGAUUGUAUGAAAGAGAGGUCUUGGGAGGAAGAAAAUUUCACCAUUCGGGUAUAAAAAAAGUCAACAUCUGACAAAAAAUUGAUCAAAUUAGUGUAGGUCAACUUGGUCUGAAUGGGAUUUUGGAUUUUCUUUACACAACGAUUCUGAUUGGAAUUAGCUGACUCUAUUGAGGUUUGAUAGCAUGCUGAUUGAAUCAAAGCUGCGGAUCCCUAAAUGGGGAUCUUCAUUCCAUCAUCGUUUAAUGAAAACAUUUGAAAUUUUAUCUUAAUAUGGACACCUGAUCGUAUUUUAUCCUUAGAAUCCUUCAGCUUCUUGUAUCUUUCUCUUUAUUUUUGAGCCAAAACCAUCAGGGUGACUCGCAUUUUAAACUCUUUCUUGCCCUCUUAGCUUAUUAGAACUUUUUAUCUCACGAGCUAUUAAUAUUAUCAAGGGAGAAAUCAAAUUUUCUAUUUUUUUUUCCGGUCAUGUCAGUUUUAGAGUAUUGCACAUUUUUUCCGGUCAUGUCAGGAAUCUUAGACAGCCAUUUUCUCUGUCAGGUUGCCAGGUUAUUCAACGAAGCUGCACAGAUGUCACCAGACGAUGCUGAUAUCCACAUUGUUCUUGGAGUUCUCUACAAUCUCUCGAGGGAAUAUGAUAAAGCUAUUGCUUCCUUUAAAACGGCACUGAAACUCAAGCCGCGUGAUUAUUCUCUGUGGAACAAGCUCGGUGCAACUCAAGCAAACAGCGUCCAGAGUGCAGAUGCGAUUCUGGCAUAUCAACAGGUAUAAACAAAAGCUGAACUAUGUUGUUUAUGAUGAAUAAUUCAUGUACAUUAUUUAAUUCAUGAACUAAGCUGAACUAUGUUCACCCAGAAAUUCUCUCUGUGCUUUCAAUGCUUCUGCUUGCAUGCUGUUCUUCAAUUUUUCUCGAAAUCAUUGAAAUCCAUGGUGAUAUUCAUUCCGGUUUAUCAAUCGAAAGCGACCACUGUUGACCAUUAGAAAGGAAGCUUAAGGAGCUGAAUUAAUCAGAAUAAUAUUUUUUAUUUGAUUAUUCAACUUUUUGUUUGAAAAUGGUCCCAUAUUUAUAUUGAAUGGUUAUUAAUUGGUUUAAGUCCGUCGUUCUGCAUCUGUUGCCCACAGUGAAGCUGUUUUUUUUUUUUUUGUUGUUGUUGUUGUUGUUGGAAGAGUCCUUUCCAUACUUCUCCUACUUAUUAUAGCAAUCAAAUCCCACUCGCUCAUCCUUUCUCCUCCCAUAUAUGAUAGCUUGGACCUUCUUCUCAUUUCGCAGGCGCUGGAUCUGAAACCCAACUAUGUUCGAGCCUGGGCUAACAUGGGCAUCAGCUUUGCGAACCAGGUCCGCUGAUUCUUGUCAAAACCAUUAUUUUUAGCAUUCUUUUAACCUAAUAAUCUGAUCAUCUCUUGUUCUCGAUUAUUAGAUCGUUCAGUGGAGAUGAUUUUACCCAUUUCCCUGUUUUCUGAUGAAAAUUCCAUUUCACUCUGCAAAAAUAUGUGAUUAUUCAUCUACACUCAGCAAAAAAAAAAAAAAAAAAAAAGAUGAUUUGAUCUUGCCGGAAUUAAUAUGCUUCUUGAGCCAUUUUCCCCAUUAAUUUCUCUCUCCAGGGAUUAUACGAGGAAUCCAUCAGGUACUACGUGAAGGCCCUCGCCAUGAAUCCCAAGGCAGACAACGCCUGGCAGUAUCUCAGAAUAUCUCUCAGGUCCGAAGAACCCUAAUCCCCUGAUCCUUCCCCUCCAUCGCAUGAAGAACAGUAGAACAACAUCUCAUCCUCUCCUCUUUCUCUCUCCUGCAGCUGCGCAUCCAGGAACGACAUGUUCGACGCCUGCGACUCCCGCAAUCUCGAUCUCCUCCAGAAGGAAUUCCCUCUUUGA